GUGUGGUUGGUAACCAUUAGAAACCGAUUGUGGUUGUAGUUUGUUUAGAACUGCAAAAGAAAAAGUGAAGGUGUAAAAAGUUGGAAACAAAAAAACCAAACGAACGUUUUAAUUUCCUCUCGUUUCUCGAUCCUUUAUUUGUAACACAACGGUUGAGACUAAAAAUCAUGCAGUUCUCCAAUUCAGGUGGUAAUCCAAUUGAAUUUGAAGGUAGGUCUUUGAAUUUGAUACAUGGGUUUCGAAUUUUGAUUACUGAUCUUUGUCCUUGCUUUUAGUUUCCUUUUUGUUUUGUUUUGGAUGGAGACAGAUUCUUGUCGAUGAAGAAGGUGUUGGUGGAUUUCAUUGAAGCAGCUAAGAAGGCGGUGGAUUAGGCAGCGACUAACGACGUUUCGUCGAGCAGUCCCGAAGUUUCCCG